CAGGAAGUGGAUAAUGUGCUCUUUUUCCGGUAUAUGGCGCACCAUCCUCUGCUCACCUAAGUCGAUCUCCCUCUUCCCGCUUGUCGCUCAUUCUUGUUCCAUUUCACGCUGCCCUCUCUCUAUCUAAGUCCGCAGGUCACCUUCUCGCGUAUCCGUGAGCGCAAUGGCAGCCAUGGCAGCUCAAGCUUCUCUUAUGAGCAGCCCCGCGAGCCUGGGGGCGUCGAGCUCCGUUGCCAGGACCGGCGAGCAGGGUGUCAAAUUUCAGUUGGCAGUGCGCGCUCCCGUGUCGCUGAGGUUGCGGUCACAGCAGAAGAAGUCGCUUGUAGCCAAGGCUGCCUUGGCCUCGGCUGAUUUGGAGCAGUUGUUGGAGAAGGUGAAGAACAUGACCCUUGCCGAUGCCAAGGUCUUCACUGACCGGUUGCAGGAGGAUCUCGGGAUCACUGCCAUGUCAUUCGCGCCCAGUGGUUCUGCGCCUGCUGCUGGUGCUGCUCCGGAGGCCGCCGCCGCGGUGGAGGAGAAGACCGAAUUCAACUUGGUCGUGGAGGAGGUUCCAUCCUCCGCCAGAAUUGCCGUUAUCAAGGCUGUGAGGACCCUGACCUCCUUAGGAUUGAAGGAAGCCAAGGAUAUGAUUGAGGGUUUGCCCAAGAAUGUGAAGGAAGGAGUCAGCAAGGAGGACGCUGAGGAAGCCAAGAAGGCCUUGGAGGCUGCUGGAGCCAAGUGCAGCAUCAAGUGAGGUUGGUUUUUGGAAGCAAGUUGUAGUUCUUUCUUUGUUAAUGACCAGAUUGUUCUUCUCUCGUACCUUGCAGGGCUUAGGGUAUAUCCCGGCAAGUCAAAUGGCAUGCUUAUUAAUGCCAUACUUAUUAGUCGAACAGAUUGAUUCUUAGGUUUAAGUGAAUUGGUAUGUAGUCUACCAAGCCACGUCCUCAAUCGCUUUGCAAUGUCGAAUGCAGGUUGGGUAGUUCCCUUGCAGAAUGACUGAUCUCUUCUCCAUUCAUGUUUUCUGCGCCCAUUGAGUUCCAUUGUCCACGUGAAUGUCUUACA